AUGGGUCAUUUAUUAACUAAAAUGGCAAGUAUAUGGUUAGAACAACAAAAUGUAUCUCUUACAACACAAAAUAGUUCUGUUGUACCUAAAUCAAUUAAUAUUAAACGAAAACGUACCGAUCAAGAUGAUAAAUCGAAUAAAAGAAAAAUUACUUAUUACUUCACGACAAAAAAUGAUAAUGAUGAUGAUGACCGUUUGUCUCUUUCACCAAGAGUUCCACCAGUAAUAUCAAAACCUACAAGAUCUUCUAAUACAAUUAAUCGAUCUUUACAAACUAUGGCGUUAUUUAAAUGUCAGUUAUGUCAUCGACAUUUAAAAAAUAAAGAUAUUUAUAUGGAUCAUAUGAUGAUGUGUGCUAUUCAACGGCAAGCAUCCAUAAAAAUUGUCCGUACGGAAAAAGAUAAAGAUGAACUUUCCAUUCUAUGUUAA